CUCAUAGAUCUUGGUGCUGAUCUGGAAUUUUCGGCCUGCGAGCUCGGAACACCGCUUCAAGCCGCCGCACGCGGAAAACAAAAAAGCAUUGUAAACAUGCUCUUGGAGCAAGGAUGCAGUCCUAACACCCGAGGUGGUGUCCUGGGAACCCCUCUCCAGGCAGCUGCCUGGGUGGGUGAUAUUCCCAUUGUGAAGAUUCUCCUCGAUCAGUCGGCGGAUAUCAAUGCUAGUGGAGGCAUUUUUGACGACGCUCUCACUGCUGCUAUGGCGAAAAAGAACUCUGCCCUUGUAGAAAUCUUUCUUAGCAAUGGCGCUGAG